AGUCUCAAUUCGGCACACGCCUCUCCCACCGUCUCUCCUUUUUCUCAAUUUACAUCAGAACGCUAGGUAAGGAGGAAUGCGGCACGGAACUGCGCCGUAGGAGAGGCGAUAAGAGCCAGCACUGGGGGUAGAAUUGCGCUUGCAUAAUCGAAUUCAGUCCCAGCAGCCGACAUUUGACUCCGAAUCACGCCAAUGCGGAGCGCCCUACGCACACCACAACAUGAGACGGCCUGCGCACUCCUGCACAUGUCGACAGGCCCCUAGCUAACCAGAUCCCUGAUCCUUGCUGUAGUCGAACUAGAAAAAUGUUCCGCGCUUCGUUGGUCCGUUCCAUUGCUCGCCCCAUGGCCAGCCGCAGACUCGUGCACAUCAGCGCCGUUCGGCGGGCUGCUGAGCCGAUUGCCACACCCGAGGGCUCCGGUGCUCCGGCCGAGAUCAGCCCCAAGAUCUCCGCCAUUGUCGACAAGGUCGCCGAGCUGACUCUGCUUGAGACCUCGCAGCUGGUUGACGCGCUCAAGAGCAAGUUCAACAUCACUGAGGCGAUCCAGGUCGCUGCUGCCCCUGGUGGUGCUGCCCCUGCUGCCGCUGCUGCCCCUGCCGCCGAGGAGAAGGCUGCUGAGAAGACUGAGUUCAAGAUCAAGCUGGAGAAGAUCGACGCGGCCCAGAAGGCCAAGGUCAUCCGCGAGAUUAAGAACCUGAUCCCUGAUAUGAACCUGGUUGCUGCCAAGAAGUUUGUCGAGAGCGUGCCCAAGGUCGUCAAGGACCUGGCUCCCAAGGAGGAGGCCGAGAAGAUCAAGAAGGCGCUGGAGGCUCUGGGUGCCACCGUUGUCCUUGAGUAAGCCAAGCCCAAAAAGGUCGGAAUAAAAUCGGAUGUGUUUUAAAUUUUAGCGUCAACAUUCAACCCCACACGCACCGUAGCCAAAGCUGGUCACCAAUGUCAUUGGCCUAAAAGCGAGUUCGCCAAGAUUUCCAGUGGUACAGUGUUCCCUAGCAUAUGCUGGACCACUGCACUUGUCGUCCGAUCUAACAAACGCCGAGCCUUUAAUGGUGCCGCUAGAACUUUGCUCGGCAUUGGUGUGGAAAAGAACCCGGGAAUUCUGGUGGCUAAACCAGGGGACACUCCAUGCGAUCUGUGCGGAUCGGUGAGGCUUUCCAG